AUGGUGCGGUGCAGAUGGCGCUGCGCUGCUGAUCUGCUUUCCAAUGCUUCACAUCACUGCCUGUGGGAAAGAGCCAUGGAGGGAGCAUCUGAUUGGCUCUGUUGCUGCUCCUGCGCUGCACUGAGCUCACUGAUGCCUUGUACCUCCCUCACAUUGACCAGCGAGCACAGGGUUGGAAAGCCAGUUCAGCGACACAACCUCACCUGCACCACCUUGCCAGCAUCUAUUGCUGCUGCUCAGGCAGUCUCAGUUUUGUAGGGGUUUCUUUUCUAUUCAGUUUCUAGCCCAUUACGCUCAGUUCAUCAGCCAUGACCUCUAGUAUGCCAAGGUCUUGAUAAUGCCUGCCACCCAGUAUAGAUGAUCCAGGCAGGCUGGGAAAAGCAGAACUUUAUAGAAGCCCCCCUGGGUAUAAUAAUAUAAUAAUAAUAAUAAUUUAUUAUUUGUACCCCACCCAUCUGGCUGGGUUUCCCCAGCCACUCUGGGCAGCUUCCACAGAGACCAAAAAUACACUAAAAUGUCACACAUUAAAAACUUCCCUGAACACGGCUGCCUUAAGAUGUCUUCUGAAUGUCAGGUAGUUGUUUAUCGCUUUGACAUCUGAUGGGAGGGCGUUCCACAGGGCAAGUGCCACUACCGAGAAGGCCCUCUGCCUGGUUCCCUGUAGCUUUGCUUCUCGCAAUGAGGGAACCGCCAGAAGGCCCUCGGCGCUGGACCUCAGCGUCCGGGUAGAACGAUGGGGGUGGAGACACUCCUUCAGGUAUACUGGGCUGAGGCCAUUUAGGGCUUUAAAGGUCAACACCAACACUUUGAAUUGUGCUCGGAAACAUACUGGGAGCCAACGUACUGGGUACCACUGAACGUUGCUCUCUUUAAAAGCCUGUGUCUCCUCAGACUUGCCAAUUUUCAUUCUAUGGGCAAGAAGUGGGCGCUUAGGUGAUGUGAACUUAAGAUGUCAGAGUCCACAAAAUAAAAUAAAAUAAAAGCAUGUUCAAUGUCCAGUUCAACAACUGAUCUUUUUUUACCAUGCGAGAUGGGCAGUGAGGGUCAAAGGGAAAUCAACGUGUAGAUGAUGAGAUAAAAAUGGGGUAUGAUGGUGCUGAAGCCAAGCAAUGUUGACAGCCAUGGCAGGGGGUUGACAUCCUGCUCCCUUUGCAACAGCUCAACGCCAGGCCCCUUCAGCUCACAGGAAACAUGCAAAGCUACCACACAUCGCAACAUGCCAUUGCAAGUAAAGGCAAACCAGGAAGAUAAGAGCUAGACAAGGAACCAAAUCUGACAGGAGCCACCAAGGUCAGAGUGUAAGAAACAUCAGAAGCUGAAAAGCCUAUGAAUUAUAGCAGAGAUCCAAAUGCACCACAGCCAUAAAGAAAUGUUAAAGCAUAUGCAAAUUCAUUUUGCAUAUAGCCACCUAGAUUCCUUCAGAUACAGCUAAGGACUGAAUUUUCAGUUAUCUGCUCUCAACAUCAUGAGCGUAUUAGCAGUGUGGAACUGAUCCAGAUAACCAUUUUGUUCUUUAUGGGCAGCAUCCACCAAAGUAUUUCUACAACUGCAAGGAUUUUUUUGGUUGCUCAAUGGAACUUCCCCUGCCUGUCCCCCACAUUCCCCUCAAUUUGUUCUGAUCUCACUAAUCCCUAGUUCAGGAAAGUUAGGAAGUUCAGCUAAAUACAUACACAUUCAAACCACACUACAAGAAAAAGUCAGUGUUGGAAUAAAAUGAUAGGGGGCUGUACUAUGUGAUUAAUCCCCUUCAACAUUCCUCAGAUGAAAACAGCAACAUUUCUCAUUCCCACCUGCCAACUGACACUCCUUUUUUAAUUUAUUUAACAUAAUUGUUAUAAAAUAUUGCAAAUACAUACAUAUAUAUUUCAAAUAAGCACAUAUAUAUAUGAAAAAAGGAACAAAAGAGAAAAAAGAAGAAAAGAAGAAAGAAGAAGAAAUAAAGAGAAAAGAAGAAGACAAGUUGGAAGAAUUUCUUUCAAGGUUAUUCUAUAAAUAUCUCAAUAUGAAAAUAAUAAUAAAAUUUCACUGAUUAACUUCCAUCGCUUACACUGCACUUCCUAUAUACAUUUUAAGCAAGAGUGUAUGGGAAAAAUAUGGAAUAACAAAUACAAUCUCACACAAAUAUUCUAGUCAGUAAGUUUUCUAAAUCUUUCAUAAAUUUAUUCUAAACACAACUAAUACCUUACAUUUAAUCCUUGUCUGCAUAAACGGACACUCCUUGACCCCCAUUCCCCACCCACCGCAGAGCAUUUUCUUUCACACCAAUGGGACACAGCACACACACUCUCUGUCAUAAUCUCAUUGCUGAGCAACCAUGUGCAGAGGUCAGUGGAGUGGGAAGCCAGCCAACCAGAAGAGUCUCUGAGGUGUACUUGCCUGGAGGCCGAGUCAGCAUCCAAAGCCAGGUCCAGUCCUAGGAGCAGGCAAACCACAAUCCAUGUCUUCAGAUGGUUCAGGAGUCAGGGAAUCUGAUGAUCAUGGGGGUCAAAAUGUGCAGGAAGCAGUAAGGUAAGACCCGGAACUAAAAGCAUUGUUACCAUUGACUGCUGCUGGAAGCUCUGCUUAAGAAGGCUGAAGCUAGCUGGUUCUCAUCAGCACCUUUUCCUCUGUGUCCUUGAAGGCUGAUCAGCAGCAGGUGGAGUCACUCUCCCUUUUCCCCCUUCAGGCUGCUCUUCCACCGUCCUGAGAAAACCCCUUAAUCCUGAUUUUAUUUUGUUUUAUUCUUUGGUAGUUUGACAAAAAGAAAAACACACACCAACAAAUAAAUUUAGAAAGGGGCAAGAUUAGACACAGACACACAAAGCAUUUUUUAAAUACAGUCAUACCUUGGGUUACAGACGCUUUGGGUUGCACAAUUUCAGGUUGCGCACCGCGCCUAACCCAGAAAUACCAGAACUGGUUACUUCUGGGUUUCAGUGCGUGUGCAUGCACAGAAGCGCAGAAGCGCGACCUGCAUGUGUGCACACGCGGUGCUGCAGGUUGCGAAUGUGCUUCCCGCUUGGAUCAUGUUUGCAACCUGAGCAUCCACUGUAUAUAAAAAAUCAAGACCUUGCUCUCUGCUAUGUUUCAUCUUUCUUCCCAGCCUGGGUGGCCCUGCCCUCUGCCUGCCCCUCAGAGCUGACAUGUCAUGCAGUGUUGUGCCUCAGGGACGGCAGCCUCUCCUCCUUCUCACCCGCUCUCCAGCAGUCACCACAAGCUGCCCAAGAAAGGAGGCCAGCAGUGGUGGCUAUGAAGAGGCAACAGGCUGCUCCUUCAUAGUUGCCACUGCUGCCACCGCCGUCGCUCAGGACAAGCACUGGAUCAAUUUUGGCUUUCACAUAUAAUAAAGGCGAUAUGCCUUCACUACUUCUUCCCUAUUGACAGUUCUGGCAGGUGAAAUAGAGCCAUUCCAGGAUCAAAUCAGAAGCUGGAUGGCUUUCAUAAUUCUGGGACCGUCCCUGGAAAAUUGGGACACUUGGAGGAUAUGAUUUGGCCAAGUCACACCGACAUUGAGCUCUGAUGUUACAGCAACCACAUAGUGUGGUUUCAGAGAUGACCACAGGAAGCUGUUCUCUACCUUCAGGUAGGUAGCCAUGUUAGUCUGAUGCAGUCUAAAUAAAAAAAAUAAAAAAAAUUGUCCAGUAGCACCUUAGAGACCAACUAAGUUUGUUCGUGCAUGCACACGAAAGCUUAUACCCAGAACAAACUUAGUUUGUCUCUAAGGUGCUACUGGACAAUUUUAUUUUAUUUUAAUGUUCUCUACCUUGUGAGACCCUAGUAACACCUACAACAACUGUCAAUAGCUGGGUCUCCUUUAGGCCUACCUGGAAUUGUUUGUGAGUGUACCUGGGACGUUCUGCAUACAAAGCAUAUGCUAUACCACUGAGCUAGUCAUUUCCCAUUAGCCAGCCAUGAACUUUUGACUUCUACCCAUGAUGACGAAGAAAGCAACUGCCAGCAAUGCAGGUGGGACAGACACCCAAACUAGUACUGGUUGUGCGAUUGGUCUGAAAGAUGCGUAAAUCAACUGUGGUCCAUGAAAGCCCAUGCUGUUUCCCACUGUAACCAUCUAUUGUCUCAAUUCUUCCUGCUGUUCAAAUUACCUUCCAUAGAACAAAAUAUAUUUGUGAAAGAAACAAAUACUUUCUUGUCUUUUCCCUUUAAACUUUUGCUUUCCACUCUAAUUCCCCCCCUUACAACUUUACUCUUAGCAGUCCCCCACCCCCCGAUGUUUUACUCACCACAAUUCUGCUGUUAAUUUCCCCUCAUUGCUUCUCAGCUUUUCCUCUCCUGGAUUUUCUUCUUCUUCCAACCUGUAUUGCAUCAACUGUACCCUAAGUCACAGGGGAAGCUGUGCUUCUGUUUUGUUUUCCAUACCUAUCCUGCAAAUCUUUCUUAAACUAAAAAAGUCUCACUGUGCGAAAAACCUUUUUGAGCUUCAUGCAGCUGCAGACGCUUUGUGUGUUUCCUCAAUUAAUAAUUUUGGCUUUCAAAUAUAAUAAAGGCGAUAUGCCUUUACUACUUCUUCCCUACCAACCUAUUCAUUGUUAGUAGUUGGCCACUUCAGCUGGUUUCCCCCUGGGGGAGCAGGAGGGGAAGGCAAGAACUCCAUUAACCAGCCUUUCUUUCCAUGUCAGAAAAUUAUGCCAAAUGUUUAUUGAAACUUGGAUAGACAAGGCAAAUUUAUGCUUGGGCAACCAAAGCGAUUUUGCCUUAUUAGGAAGGCACUUUAGCUCCUGGGCUACUUCCAAAAUUACCAUGUGAUUGAAGCUUUACUGCUUCUUUAUUUUUGCAUCCAAAAUGUCCAUAUGUCAAGUGCAUAUAUUCCAGCUGAGAUAACAAGGCGGGGGGGGGGGAGGAAUAAAACCAAUUCAUUCUUUCACAGAAAAUAAUGCAACAGUGACGUGCCCUGUUCCAGAGUUUUUAAUAUUUUAGACACCCCAGAGGUUUUAUUGUGACAUUGCCAAAAACAAAUGAAUGGAGGCCUUUUGUUAAUUGCUCCAUUGUACUCACUUUUUAUCUGGGGAGUUGAUCAGUUAAAAGGGGAAACGGUUGAUGGAUAUAUAGUGCAAUCCUUUGCAGGACCAAGUAAGUCCCACUAUAUUCAGUCAAACUUACUCUCUCCACCAACUGUACAUAGGGUUUCAUCCUGCCAACUUCUGUCUCUUGAGGAUUAUAUUACCUACUGUUGAAGCUUCCAGCGGGGCUGAGUAUUCACAAAGCUAUAUUUUCUAGACUAUAUCUCAUUGCAAUUUGUGUAUUUUCUCCUGAUCUUGAAAGCAUGUGCAAGGCUGAAGCAGGUGUUUCGUAUUUCAAUGGGACGUACAUCAUAAACAUGCAGACUACAUUUUAGUCUCAUAUGUCAGGGCUUAGACAGUAUUGUAGAUGAUAAAAAUUAAAAUUAUUAUUUUUUCCUUAACUAAGCUGAUGACAGUUAUUUUUUGGAUGAGGGGUUUUUAUCCAUUUCUGCAGUCACACAAUCAAUCAAUCAAUCAAUCAGUAGCCGAACUGGGUUCCACACAGUCACAAAGACAAAUUAAACUAAAAAGCCUCAAAAACAAAAAUACAAAAUAAAUAGCAAAAACAAAAGCGCCAAACUUAAUCUGUUACAGAAGUCCAAUUGACUUCCGAAAUGUUCAGAAACCAAGGCACAGCUUCUGAUUGGUGCAGGCGCCCCAGAAACAACAGCCACAUCAGACAUUCGGCUUCCGAAAAACAUUCAAAAACCAGAACACUUACUUCCGGGUUUUCGGAGUUUGAGAACCAAGGCAUUUGAGAACCAAGAUACCACUAUAUUCAAGCAUGCUGAAGAGUUGCGGUGAGAACACCAAGACUGACCUCACUGAUGUUGUGGGUGGGAGCAAGUGGAUAGCCACAACAACCCAAUUGGUAGUCCCUCGGUUGCUGGGGUAAUUCUGGCUAAUGGGAUCGUUUCAUGCAUUAACUGAGGGACCUAUAUGUACCACUGCAUGUUGCGUUGAGCUUCCUCUUUUUGCCUCGUGCAUCGGACCACCCUCCGUAUAUUUAGGGUUCAUUAUGACAUUGCUAGGGACGCGGGUGGCGCUGUGGGUAAAACCUCAGCGCCUAAGACUUGCCGAUCGCAUGGUCAGCGGUUCGAAUCCCCGCGGCAAGGUGCGCUCCCGUCGUUCAGUCCCAGCGCCUGCCAACCUAGCAGUUUGAAAGCACCUCCGGGUGCAAGUAGAUAAAUAGGGACCGCUUACCAGCGGGAAGAUAAACGGUGUUCCGUGUGCUGCGCUGGCUCGCCAGAUGCAGCUUGUCACGCUGGCCACGUGACCCGGAAGUGUCUGCGGACAGCGCUGGCUCCCGGCCUAUAGAGUGAGAUGAGCGCACAACCCUAGAGUCUGGCAAGACUGGCCCGAACGGGCAGGGGUACCUUUACCUUUACUUUUUUAUGACAUUGCUAUGCCGUUGUGGGCCAUCUGUUCUUGGGACAGGGGCCCAGUAGGAAUUUUCCCAUUUUUUAAGAAGCUACAUGAGACUCUGAUGGACUAUAUGGAUUACAAUAUGAUUUUGAUGGGAGACAUGAAUGGCAUUGUGUCUACAAAUAUGGACAAGGCACAAAGACAGAUAGUAACUAAGGAUGGAAGACUACCAAAAACUUUCUUUGAUAUGACUGAAAAUAUGGGCUUAGUUGAUAUCUGGAGAACGAAGAACCCUCUGGGAAGAGAGGGAACUUUCUUUUCCGAGGCUAAAAUGACAUGGACAAGAAUUGACCAAAUUUAGGUAACUAGAGGUCUGGCUCCGAAGAUUAGUAAAGUUGAAAUCUGCCCUAAGACCUGCUCCGAUCACAAUGCAGUGAAGAUGGAGAUGAAAUUGAUGCCAGUUGGUUCCUUUAGAUGGAGGAUGAAUAAUGCUUUGUUUAGGAAUGAAGAAUUUAUUAAGAAGGCCCAAAAAAACUUUGAGAGACUAUUUUGAGAUAAAUAUGAGCACUACUGUGGAAAAAAGAGUAAUCUGGGAUGCAAGUAAAGCAGUCAUGAGAGGAUUUUUGAUACAACAGAACGCAAUUAAGAAGAGAAUGCAAAAUGAGAAAAAAGACAAAAUUUUGGAAAAAAUAAAGGAAGGGGAGAAGAAAUUGAGGGUGAAACCAAAGUCCCAGGAGAUUUUGAAAGAGAUAAAGUUAUAUCAAGUACAAUACAUGAAAAUGAUCAAUCAUGAAAUAGAAUGGAAGGUUAAACAGAUGAGACAAAAGACAUUUGAAUCGGCAAAUAAGUGUGGUAAAUUGUUGGCCUGGCAAAUGAAAAAAAGACUAAAACUUAAUACCAUUACGAACUUGGAAGUAGAAGGAAAGAAUAUACAAAAUCCAGUGGAAAUUAGAAAGUGCUUCCAGAGGUAUUUUAAACAACUUUAUACCCAGGAGAAGCAGAAAGAAAUGGACAUUGACAAAUUUUUGAAAAUGAAUGGAUUACAAAAAAUUUCUCAAGAAAAUAAAUUAAUGUUGAACUACAAAAUAACGGAACAGGAAGUGGAAGGGGCCAUUCAGAAUAUGCAGUUAGGUAAAUCUCCAGGACCGGAUGGAUUGACUUCAAGAUAUUACAGAUCUCUGAAAGAAUGGAUAAUACAACCUUUAAAGGAAGUCUGUAACGAAAUAUUGGAAGGGAAAAGGGCACCAGAGUCGUGGAAGGAAGCUUACAUCACACUUAUACCGAAAACAGAGACUGAAAAGACACAACUUAAGAAUUACCGCCCCAUAUCAUUGCUUAAUGUGGAUUAUAAAAUUUUUGCAGAUAUUUUGGCUAAAAGAUUAAAAAAGGUGUUAAUGGAAGAAAUUCAUAAAGAUCAAGCGGGCUUUCUCCCGGGCAGACACUUAUCUGACAAUGUUGGAAUGAAUUCAAAUGAAUUCACGACAGACGAGUGGCAGGUGUCAUAUGAGGCGUCUGCCGGGGCGAGCCCCGGGAACUCUCUUUUAUUGAAUAUUACAAACAUUGCCACAGGUGUGCUUGUGGCUGAUUGGUUGAUACAAACACAAAGCAACUUGUUGCUGAUUGGUUAACAUAAGUACAAGGCGGGAAUUACAUAUUACAUUAAUCACUGAUAGAUUAAAGGCUGAGAAACGGAGCUGGAACUAGACAGGCAUGAAGCCUCCUAAUUAAAUUAUAACUAAAGAUUGAUAUUGAAAGAACAUAACAUGAAAGAAUACAACAAUCACGUUCCGUAGAUGUGGUCAGCAAUGCAUUAAGAACAGGUCAGGGUACACUGUUUCAUGAACUCAAUGGGAACUGUUCAGAACAUUCUCAGACUCAUGUGCAGAGGCAAAAACUUCCCAGCAUGACAAUAUGAGGAAUAUAAUUAAUAUUUUAGAAAAAUUACAAGUGAAGAUUAAUACUAAAGCAGUUUUGAUAUUUGUGAAUGCGGAGAAAGCUUUUGACAACAUUUCUUGGAGUUUUAUGAAGAAGAAUUUAUUGGGGAUGGGGGUGGGUCAAGGUUUUGGAAACGGUAUAAGUGCAAUUUAUUCAGAACAGAAGGCCAAAUUAAUUGUGAACAAUGUAGUAACGGAAGAUUUUAAGAUUGAGAAAGGAACACGACAAGGUUGCCCAAUCUCUCCAUUGCUUUUUAUAUUGGUCUUGUAGGUUUUGUUAAAUAUGAUUAGAAGGGACCAAUUGGUGAAAGGUAUACAAGUGGGAGCGAAACAGUACAAAUUGAAAGCAUUUGCUGAUGAUUUAGUAUUGACUUUACAGGAGCCAGAAUCUAGCACUAAAAGAGUAUUAGAAUUAAUCCAAGAAUUUGGCCAGGUGGCAGGUUUUAAGUUGAAUAAGAUGAAAACUAAGGUAUUAGAAAAGAACUUAACAGAGAUUGAGAGAGAGAAGUUCCAGAAGGAGACAGGACUGACACUGGUCAAGAAAGUGAAAUAUUUAGGGGUUAAUAUGACUGCUAAGAAUGUGAAUUUAUUUAAGGAUAAUUAUGAAAAAUGUUGGACUGAAGUGAAAAAAGAUCUAGAAAUAUGGUCAAAUUUGAAGUUAUCGUUGUUAGGCCGAAUUGCUGUGAUAAAAAUGAAUGUAUUGCCAAGAAUGCUGUUUUUGUUUCAAACACUGCAAAUUUUGGACAAAAUGGACUGUUUCAAGAAGUGGCAGAGAGAUAUCUCCAGAUUUGUCUGGCAGGGCAAGAAGCCUCGUAUAAAAUUCAAGAUAUUAACUGAUGCUAAAAAAAGAGGUGGAUUUGCCCUGCCAGACUUAAAACUUUAUUAUGAAUCAGCCGCUUUUUGUUGGCUGAGAGAAUGGAUGCUUCUUGAAAACACGGAUGUUUUGGAUUUGGAAGGUUUUAAUAAUGUAUUUGGUUGGCAUGCAUAUUUGUGGUAUGAUAAGGUUAAAGCACAUAAAGCAUUCAAAAACCAUAUUGUAAGAAAAGCACUGUUUAAUGUCUGGAUAAGAUAUAAGGAUUUGUUAGAAAAUAAAACCCCAAGAUGGUUGUCACCAAUGGAAGCAAAGGCUCAGAAAAAACUCAAUAUGGAGGCCAAAUGGCUGAAGUGUUGGGAAGUUUUGGAACAAGAGGGUGACAGAUUAAAAUUGCAGAGUUUUGAAAAAUUAAAAAACAGAGUACGAGACUGGCUCCAUUAUUAUCAAAUAAUGGAGGCGUAUAAUUUGGAUAAAAAAAUUGGCUUCCAGAUGGAAAAAUCAAAGUUGGAAACAGAAUUGUUAGACCCUAAAGUUAAGAAUUUGUCAAGAAUGUAUAACUUGCUGUUGAAAUGGAAUACUCAAGAUGAAAUGGUGAAAUCUGCUAUGAUUAAAUGGGCACAAGAUGUUGGACAUAAUAUUAUGAUGGCUGACUGGGAACAGUUAUGGACCACUGGUAUGAAGUUCACGGCAUGCAAUGCCUUAAAAGAGAAUUUAAUGAAAAUGAUUUAUAGGUGGUACAUAACACCAGUCAAGCUUGCAAAAAUCUAUCAUUUGCCCGAUAAUAAAUGUUGGAAAUGUAAUGAAACUGAAGGUACGUUCUUUCACCUUUGGUGGACAUGCCCAAAGAUUAAGGCAUUCUGGGAGAUGAUCUAUAAUGAAAUGAAAAAGGUAUAAAAAUAUACCUUUCGGAAGAAACCAGAGGCCUUUCUCCUGGGCAUGGUCGGCCAAUUGGUGCCGAAGAAAGAUAGAACUUUUUUUAUGUACGCUACAACAGCAGCAAGAAUACUCAUUGCAAAGUAUUGGAAGACACAAGACCUACCCACCAGGGAAGAAUGGCAGAUGAAGCUGAUGGACUACAUGGAACUGGCGGAAAUGACUGGCAGAAUUCGAGACCAGGGAGAAGAGUCGGUGGAAGAAGAUUGGAAAAAAUUUAAAGUAUACUUACAGAAACAUUGUAAAAUUAAUGAGUGUUAGAAGGAUGCGGGAAUGAAGUUACAUGGUUUUAGUAGAAAUGCAACAAAGAAUUAAGUAAAAGUUGAUUGAUAAUGGGUUAAAUUGAAAAAAUUCAAGGUUAGACCGUUAAGAUAAACUAUAGCAUAAAAAUUGAAAAAGAUGGGAAGAACUUGCUGAAAUAGUGAAUUGAAUUAGAAUACCAAAAAAGGGAGGUGUGAGGAAGUCGAUGAAACAAGGAAAGGAAAGGAAUACUGGAUUUAGUGUGUUUUAGUUCUUUUUUGUCUGUAUUUUUUGCUGUAUUGAUAUGUUUUGUUAUCGUUCUUUUUCUUUUUUAUUGUUAUUGUGUUUUUUUUCUUUUUCUUUCUUUCUUUUUCCUUCUUUUUUCUGUAAUUCUUAAACUUUUAAUAAAUAUUAUUUUUUUAAAAAAAGGAAUUUUCUCAUUUGGCUGAUUGGCAGGUGCCACUUGGGUUUUGUCUGCCGCGUACCAAAUCGUCACAACUUUGUAAGGUUUGGUGGUUAGGCAUUAGUUCAAUGUGGAGGCGAGGGGAGGUCGUCACGCCUGCCCCUCCAAUGCGUGAAAGGGUAUUCUGUUAAAGGAAUUCAGGGGCUCGCCUUGCUUUUGUCUGAUCCCCUUCCAGGGGUUAGGGCCACACCAGAGCCCCUGGGAGCAUUUGGGGUGAGCUUGAGUCUGCGCCUGGUCCAAUGCUCCCCCACAAUGUUUACCUGUACUGACCUCUGCCAGUGUCCAGUCGUCAAUGCUGCCCUGCCAGUGCAACUAGUCAGGAACCAAUGCCUAAGCCAGCAGUUCUCAACCUGUGGGUCCCCAGAUGUUGUUGGACUACAACUUCCAUCAUCCCUGAGCUCUGGCCUUGCUAGCUAGGGGUGAUGGGAGUUGUAGUUCAACAACAUCUGGGGACCCACAGGUUGAGAAAGGCUGGCCUAAGCAAACCACUCACAAUCUAUAAUCAAUAAAGUUGUGGCCAAAAUUAUGCCAAUAACCUUAAACUAAAUUCUGUGUCAAUUGUGUCUUUAUUAUGGGGGAGGUCUUGAGAUCUUAACACGCAAAGAAAAAUGUUUGUGUGUGUUUUCUAGGACUAAUGACAAAUUAAAAUGGAGCCCCACCCCCACUUGCUGCCUGCUCCUAUUUCACUUUCAUUGUACAUAACAAAGUUGAAAUAAUAUAAAUAAUAUAACCUUGGUACAAUUAAAUAGAACUUAAUUUAAUUGUACCCAGGUUAUAUUGUUUAUAUUAUUUCUUAAAUUUAGAUCUUGCACACAUAUAAAACAGUAUAAUUAAAACUUCUGGAAAAAAGUUAAAAACAACAUUCUAAAAAACACACAAAAACAACUCAUUAAAAACAGACUGCAUUUUAUUGUCAGCUUAGGGCAUCUACCCAUUACAACAUUUUGGAUGUAUAUUCCCUUUGCACUGGUGGUAAAGGCUUGCCAAAAUUGCUGGUGCUCAAAACUCCUUCUGGUUUCAGCUCAGUCGUAAAGCUCUUCCUACAAGCCGUGUGUCAGCUGCACCUCCUUGUUCCUGCUACAAAGAACACUACAACUGAAAUAAAACAACUCGAAAAAUGUUUCUCCAACUUUUCAUUUCUGCACAUGUUCUCAAGUUGUUCUUUUAAAGGAGUCAAUAUAAAAGGAGAACGUACCAAAUUCUACUGACUUCAUCGUGAGGAGUAACCAUACCAAUCACCAGACUGUAAAGUCAAAUAUUUUUCUGGGGGGUGAGGGGACUCCUGCACUGCUUGCAAACCUUCAGGCACAAUCUGUUGAUCGUUUCUUAUAGAUUGAUGACUCUGUAGGGUAUGACUCAUGGGAUGCAGUACUGAGUUGUUGAAAUAACUUUCUCAAGGCCACAAAAUGAAUCCAAGGCAGAUGUGGGGAUUUUUAACCCAGGCCUCCCAAAAGCAAGCCCAAUUUCACAAUUCAAUUUAUGAUAGCAAAAUUCAGUUCCCAAGUAAGACAAACAACAUUACUGCAGAAGUCCCAUGCAUAUAAUUGGCCAAGUAAACUCCAAUACGAGGAACAGACUUGGCAUAUGGGAAAGGCUGGUUAUAUGAUGUUGUAUUGCAUUGUGUUAUGGUAUAUUCAUGUACCACCUUUUGGCCUAAAGGCCAAACUACAUUCAGUUGUGAACACCAUAUUAUAUUAAAAAAACACAACAUGAGGAAGUCAGUGAAAUAUCUAGAAGUGAAAUAUCUAGAAGUGAAAUAACAAUGAAAUAUCUAGAAGCCAAGUUAUGUGAGGAAUGGUUGGAGGAAUGUUGCUUGCUUAGCUGGAGAGGAGAAGAGUGAGGUGUGACAUAAGAGCAGUUUUCAUGAACAGCUGUCAUGAAGAAGAUGAAACAGACUUAUUCUCUCUUACUCCAGAGGGAAAGAAUAGAACCAAUGUUUGGAAAGUUGCCGGGGGAGCAGAUUUCAGCUAAGUAUUAGAAGAAACACUGUUGAACAGUAGCACACAGUGCAUUGGGAAAGCUACUGCAUAUCAACCUAAGCAAGCUGUGCUUCCUUUUUCAGGUAAUUUGGCUAUAAAUUUUGAUAGUAUACAGAUAAUGGAACAAACUUUAGUCGUGUCCGACUCUUUGUGACCCCAUGGACUAGAGCACACCAGGCACUCCUGUCUUCCACUGCCUCCUGCAGUUUGAUCAAACUUAUGCUGGUAGCUUCACGAACACUGUCCAACCAUCUCGUCCUCCGUCAUCCCCUUCUCCUUGUGCCCUCAAUCUUUCCCAACAUCAGGGUCUUUUCCAGGGAGUCUUCUCUUCUCAUGAGGUGGCCAAAGUAUUGGAGCCUCAGCUUCAGGAUCUCUCCUUCCAGUGAGCACUCAGGGCUGAUUUCCUUCAGAAUGGAUAGGUUUGAUCUUCUUGCAGUCCAUGGGACUCUCAAGAGUCUCCUCCAGCGCUAUAAUUCAAAAGCAUCAAUUCUUCGGCGAUCAGCCUUCUUUAUGGUCAAGCUCUCACUUCCAUACAUCACUACUGGGAAAACCAUAGCUUUAACUAUACGGACCUUUGUUGGCAAGGUGGUGUCUCUGCAUUUUAAGAUGCUGUCUAGGUUUGUCAUUGCUUUUCUCCCAAGAAGCAGGCGUCUUUUAAUUUCGUGACUUCUGUCACCAUCUGCAGUGAUCAUGGAGCCCAAGACAUGCAUUACAUUGUUGCAUUACGUUCUCCAUUAAAUUAUAAUACUGUAUUUAUCACUGUAAAGUAACAUCAGACGUGUUAGUCUGGCUGUGUUCUGACUGUUCUGCACACAUACACCAUCAGAAGUAUAUCUGUUUUUUGCUAUGGCCCUUUGUCUCUUGCUAUGUUGUGCAUCUGGUAAAGAGGUAAAAUUCCAGCAUUUGCCAUGAAGUGGGAUAUAGCAAUGCAAAGCUGUUGUUUUUUUAGUGUGGUGUCUGCCCUUGAAAUUUUAUCGGUAUCUUCCAGAAACAGAGCUUGUGCGUGUUCCAAUAAAGGACUGGAUGGCUGAUCUUGCAUAGAGAUAGAUUUAUCAUGACAUGGAGGUGAGCCUGCAAUACCAUGUGCUUUUCAGAUUCGAUUUCAAUGUCUUUCUUCACUGAUAUCCGACACCAGAAAGGUACCAUUUACCUUCAUAUUUUCACAAUUUAAUUAGUUGUUAAUAUACUGGGAUAGGAGGAGAUGAAACAUCAGUGCAGAAGACAGUGUCAUCAUUCAAGUUCCAACUUUCUAUACACAAAAAGCACCUGGAACCAAAAGAAAAAGAAAACCCACCUUAAAGAAAAUCAACUGAUUUUUACAUGAUCCAGUGGUGCAGGUUUAAGUCUCUGUGUUUGGUUUGUGAAAAUCAAAAAGAGUUGGGAGAACAUCCCAAGAAAUCUCUUGGUUUUUGCUACUGGCAUGGUUCCCUGUCCCAGCUACUGUGAAAGUCUUGGGAUUUAAAACCAACCAACCGUUUGCAACAAAAACUGAUCCAGGAAAGCUGCCUUAAGUGUGGUAUUCAGGUGCAAUACAUAUUUUACAGAGCAAUCCAUAUCUGCUUUUCACCAGGCUGGAGGGAGGGGGAGUGAACUUGGUGAAGGAACUCGAAACUGCCAAUCUUUCACCAGCCAGCACCUGCUGAGUGAUGCCAGGGCAGAUCUCCUCCUGCCAACUCCAAAACAGGGCUUGCUGGGUUGGCCUGGAGUCUAUUGUACUGUGAGUCAGUCCUGCUGCCAUCAGAUGAUGGUGUCAGGCCUGAUCUGGGUCCAAUCACUGCUCUAGCUUCCAGCUGAUGUCACAAUCUGCCUGCCACUCCACCUUCUACCAUGACCAUAGUGUAUAGCAUGGCUGUGGAUGUGGUUAGAAAAACAUCCCCCUCACAAAAAACCCUAUUUGUUUUAUGCUUUUCAGGAAUCUGUGCUAGUGACAUAGCUACUCCCCUCUACACUCCAGAUUCGGCAUCAGCCAUUGUUCAUAGCUCUACUAAAAUGUCCUAUAUUUAAUAAUAUAAUUAAAGAUCUACAUCAAUUCUACCUCUUUUGUUUCUCUUAUCUAAGGUGCAGGUGUGUCAUUUACAUUGCAGAUUAAUAUUUGCUAUAGUGGAUUGUCAAUCUGAGUUUCUGUCAUUCAUCAACACCGCCUCGGGCAAUCUUCAACGGGUUCUUUCCUUAGCAGGUGAGAUUCUGCCUGCUAUGUCACACUGACUGUUAAGACAGUAGAAAUGGAAUAGUAAUUGGGCAACAACUUCCUCCUCAGAUAGGUAGACGUGGUUCCGACUUUUUGCACUUUCAUAUAUGGGACAUAACUUUGGGAAGACUUUUUAAUAUAUAGCACUGAGUCUUCAAAACCCAUUUACCCUAAGAAACAUAUAAACAGCUGAGCUCUAUGCAUGUUUAUUCAACAGCAAGUUCCAAUGAGCUUAAUAAGAAUUAUUCUUAUUAUGAGAAUGUGCUGAAGAUUUCAGCCUUAUCUCUCCCCCCCCCCCAUUGCAUAUUGCCCCCCUAUUCAGAAAGUUGUGGCUGUCAAGUGUUUCUUUCCCCGGAGUCUGCUCCUGGGUACUUCAUUUGAGUGGACCCCAUAUGGCAGUUGCAGUCUUAGCCUCCAUGAAUAUUUUUAUUGAAAUAGGUAAAGGUAAAGGGACCCCUGACCGUUAGGUCCAGUCGUGGCCGACUCUGGGGUUGCGGCGCUCAACUCGCUUUAUUGGCUGAGGGAGCCGGCGUACAGCUUCUAGGUCAUGUGGCCAGCAUGACAAAGCCGCUUCUGGCGAACCAGAGCAGGACAUGGAAACGCCAUUUACCUUCCCGCCGGAGCGGUACCUAUUCAUCUACUUGCACUUUUGGCGUGCUUUUGAACUGCUAGCUUGGCAGGAGCAGGGACCGAGCAACGGGAGCGCACCCCGUCGCGGGGAUUCGAACCGCUGACCUUCUGAUUGGCAAGUCCUAGGCUCUGUGGUGUUGGUAAAAAAUAGUGCCCCCCCAAAAAAAACACACACACCUUACUUCCACUACUACCAUGGCUAUUGAGUGGAUUGUACCAAAGGUUCCGGCUCUGGAAAUUUAUUCUCAUUGAACAUAGCACUUUCGAGUCAGUGAUUUUAUUCAGGGAUGUUGCAAGAGAGAAAAGGGUUCAAGUUCUGCUUGUGAAAAAUCACUCCCAUUGUGUUCCAUGUGCUUCCUCUCAAGGAAGUAUGCACAGGGCUGCAUUUGUCUUGUUCACACAUUAAUAUUAUUAUUGUUCUUCUCGUCAUUAAAUGCAUUGCCUGCCCUUCUCCAGAAGGUCCCCGGGUGAACCACCACUGUUUAAAAUUUAGAAUUAAAAACAGAACAUAUUACAUUCACAAGAAUAAGGUGGGCCCCUGAAAUCACAUAUCUCAGUUGUCAAAAGCAAAGGUAAAGAGAUGUGUCUUCAGCAUUGACCAAAGGUUGUACAGUGAAGAAGUCAGAUACAGUAGAACCUCGAGUUGCAGACGUAAUCAUGGAGGAACGUCUGCAACUCGAAGCGUUUGCAUACAGAAGAGCGUGCCUGUGGACGUGCGACUGGCAAACCUGGAAGUAACCCAUUCCGGUACUUCCGGGUUGCCACGGGACGCAACUUGAAAAGACGUAACCUGAAGUGGACGCAACAUGAGGUAUGACUGUACAGCUUUGUAGGGAGAGCAUUCCACAGUUACGGGGUUGCUACUACCACAUAUCUUCUGAGGGAGGUGAAACUACCAAGAGGGCCUCCUCUGCUGAUGUUAAUACCUGAGGGGGUCUGUCAGGAAAGAGGGAGUCUUUGAGAUACUUAGGGCCUAGGUCAGUUGAGAGUGUUGAAUGUGAGCACCAUGAACUGGGCCCAUAUUAUCCUGAACACAGGUACAAGCUACACAUCUAUAAAGGUUUGUGUGAAAGAGUGCACAGUUGUUGUAUCUGUGUACACUCACUGAACGUAGCACGUGAACACCCCUGUUGUUAUCUCACAAACAAAAGUGCGAUGGGUGUUUGGUUCCAAGGGAUUGCACUAUACAAAGGGGGGGGGGGGGAAGAAGUUAACGAAAAGCACAAUCCAAGCUAUUUGGAAGCUAUGAAAAUAUUCACUGUAGCCCUGAGUCAAGCACUCCUUCCAACUUUAUUUAAGAGUAUUUUUAUAUUGAAUUCUAAUCACCAUGUUUCUCACCUCCUAACCUGCUUGGGAAAUAAAUAGCAUGCUUCCAAAGCACAGGCACCGAGAAAAAUUUGCCAAUUGUCCAUUAGAGGAUUAUACUUUUGUAGUAGCUGUCAUUAGUUGCCCUGUUCUCUGGUUCCUUUCUAAGUGAUGUGACAUUUCAAAAUUGAUAGAUUGUUGUGAGCACAUGUAUGCACCAUGUUGCCUUGGUUCGUUUGUUUUCAAGCAUUACCGAAAAGAAAGAGCUUGAUUAUUAUUAGUUUUUUAGUCUUUUUUUAUUUCUGCGUGCCUACAAAAUAGCCCAAUAACAAACAUUAGUACAGAUGGAAAGCCUCAGAACCAUUCUUCACAAAUGAAUGGAUUCUGAUUAUGGGAGCUUGGCUGUUUUGGGAACAAUACAGCAGGUUUAUGAAAGAUUAUGUUGCCUCAGUUGUCUGUGAAGUUUUGGCAUUUGGUCCUGAUUCUGUUUUUUGUUUGUUUUUGCCUAAGCCUUUGGAGAGCUUAUUUGAACAGGAAGCCUUCCAUGGCACCACAGCCUUAUUGGGCCUAUUGAUUUAUGACUUGCCUUUCUGAUUUGAGACUAGUAUACACUUGCAGUAGAAUGAGAUGGUAGAAUGGACUGUGAUUGUUCAGACUAGGUGGGGUCUUGCCACAUUUUAAAACGAUCCCUGCUGUAAAAAUGAGUAUCCAAUCUGCCUGCAAGUUGAAGCAACCACAGAAGGGAAAAUGAUGUAGUGCAACUUUUCCCCUGAUGUGCUUCUUUCUAAUUGUCAGAAUAUUGUUACAUGGUGGAACAUUUUCUUUUAAAAUAAUAAUAAUAUGUGAACCCUGUUUUCAAUCUGGCUAGUUUAGUCCACUACCUCAUUCUGCUACGCGUGUAAAGCAGUUCUAAGGCUAAAUGAUCAAUGUAUUUAUUUCAUUUGUAGCUGGCCUCCUCCACAGGGAAGUGUUGCCACUGCUAUAACAAACGAAUUGUGUUAGAACUGUUCAGUGGAAUCAGUAAUCUGGACCUUGUGUAGAUAUAUAUGAGCUUUCCCCACCAAGAAUGAGUUUCAAAGUUUUACUGCAUAACAGUCUUAAAUACUAGUUACAUAACAUGAACAAAAUAACAGAGUAACAUAUUGCAAACAAGUAGUGUGGUUCAGUCCUUUAACUGCCUUAUGCAGUUUUGAAAACUUUCUUCUCUCUGGUCCCAGAGAGAGAUCCUAAGCUCGUUCAUCAUUACAGGGAGUUGCAUUGAGAGUUGGAGUCGAACUAUAUUUGGAUGGUCAUAUGUUCUCCAUUCUUGAUAUAUAAUCAUAACCAUAUAUUUUUCUGUUGGAUGGUUGAUCUCCUCUCUCUGAUCCCAGAGAGAGAUCCUAAGCUUGUACAUCAUUGCAGUUAUCCUCUGCUACAACUCCUGUUACUAGGCACCUCUGACUUCUCAGGUUUCAUCUCCUGCUGUGAGAUCUGCAGCUUGGGUUUCCUGUGAUGUGUGGUCAGAAACUCACUAAAAUGGAAACACACCUGCUUUUCGCUUUCACCCAGAGUGAAACCUCUUGCUUAAGGUUAACUUCUCUUUACAGCAAUCCAAAUACAGUGGUACCUCGGAUUACAUAUGCUUCAGGUUACAGACUCCACUAACCCAGAAAUAGUACCUCGAGUUAAGAACUUUGCUUCAGGAUGAGAACAGAAAUCGUGCUCCGGCGGCGUGGCGGCAGCAGGAAGCCCCAUUAGCUAAAGUGGUGCUUCAAGUUAAGAACGGACCUCCGGAAUGAAUUAAGUACUUAACCCGAGGUACCACUGUACAAUGCAUUGAAAUAUAGCAAUUUAUGUACUUGCAAUUUUAACAGAUUGGUCUCAACCCCAGCCACAUCACAGGAUUGGCAGAUAUUCAGUUUUUCAUCCCUUGUAACCCUUAGCAUCUUCCUCUUUCCCCCCUUUAACUGUAGAUCAUAAGUACCUUUGGCUAUGUUGUUUCCCUGCGUCAUUUUGUAAAGUAUCAUGUGCACUAAAAGAACCAUAUAUAUUGGUGUGAGGAACCUGUGGAACCCCCACCCACCCCUUCUGGUUUUGCUGGACUAAAAUUCCCAUUAUUCCACCAUGCUGGCUGGUGUUGAUGAGAGUUCAAGUCCAACUACAUUUAGAUGGCCAUGUGUUCUCCACCCUUGAUAUAUCACUAUAACCAUAUAUUUUUAUGUUGGAUGGUCAGUCUCUCGCCACAGUGAUUGAUAUUUGUACAGCCGCCAUCAGCUAAGGUCCUUACUUAUAUGAGAUAUAAACCCAAUCUCAGACUGGCACACAUGUUUGCAUGCAAAUGCAUCUACUGUACAUUGGCAUAAGCAUCAGAGUUCACAGUGCUAACCUUAACAAUGUUUCCUCUCCUGGAUAUUUGUAUUUCUUUGUAACACAUAUAUUGCAACUGCAGGUUUACAGAAGGCCUCCACGUGCCAGUGCAGAUGUUCCCCAGUAAGGAUUUUGAUAAAAUUCGCGUCUUUCAAAAAGAAGUUCUCUACUCCCAGUUUAAAAUGCAAAUGGUUAAAAUAGAAAUAUCCCAGCUGAUUAUAGAUGGCAUUGAUAUAGCUGAUUAUAGAUAGCUAUAAAGAAGUGAGGCAAGGACAGUGACAGGGUAGAUAUUUUUUUCCUCAGUGAUAAGAUAAACCUGCAGGCGAGCCUACCAAACACAAAACCCACCUUUGUCAGACACUGCAUAAUCCCACACAAUACUGCUAGAGCACGACUUUGGUGACAGAAUUUCUGGAUUCAAUAGAGAGAUGAACACUAUGCUGAUGACCUUGUAUUGGUUAGUGCAAAGUUUCCAUCGUUUUGUGUGUCCAAAAGUUCUGUUUUCUGCAUAAAUGUGGAAAAUGUGGCAGCAAAAGCAAAGCAACCCACAAUUUUGCUAAAUAUCCUCAAAUGUGUGAUCAAUGAGGACACAGACCACCAACCUAGACAGCUUUAAAGGGGGUUUAGAAAAAUCCAUUGAGGGUGAGGUUAUCACAGGUCCUGAUGAUUCCAAUAUCACAACCAGUAUGCCUCCGAAUGCCAGUUGCUGAAAUUGUGAGUGGGAGGUGCUCAUGAUAUGCGUUCUGGGUUUGUUCCCCAUGAGGACAUCAUGUUGGGCUAGGUAGGUCUUUGGUUUGAUCCAGCAAAACUCUUCUUAGGUUUUUAUGAUCUCUCCAGGGCCAGAUUUAGGUUUGAUGAGGCCCUAAGCUCCUAAAGGUAAUGGGGCCCUUUAUAUGUCCCCCUGUCCUUUGUUAACAAAUUGUCGCUGUUUUUUGUGUUGAAUAUAUGCUACAGUAAAUGGUAAUUUAUGGACCUAAUAGGUAUCUAAAGCCAUUUGCACAUAACAAAAUAUGUAUUUUAUCAAAGUAAUUGUGGAACUGAAAUACAAUUAAGAAGAAGUAUAUUAAUAGUGAAACACAAUUAAGAAGAGGUACCGAUAUAUUAAUAGUGAAAUAAAUAUUAAGCUCUGACUUAAAAUGAUUUUUUAUUCAUAACAAACUUAAUAAUGCAAACACAUUGGCAUUUGGCAAUAACAAAAGUUCCUUUAGAAACACAAUUUACAAAGACUCAUAAUCUAGUCUCUCAAAACUUGCUAUAACGUGAAAUAAUAAUAGGUGUAAAUAUAUGAUGCAAACUACUAAUCAUUAUAAAUAGCAGAAUGUAGGCACCCUAUAUAUAGAAAUAAGCAAACCAGUGAUAUUUUAAGGAGCAGGCUAGCAGGCAGGGCCCAUUACUUACAUCAUAGGAGCCUACACAACACAAAACACUGUUGCUGUUUGUAGGUUUUAUUUUAUUUGAUUUUUAUCUUAUAUUUUGGAAAUGUACAUCCAGUUUUUUUUUCCUUUAGUUUUUUUUGGGGCCCCCAAGAGAGUGGGGCCCUAAGCUAUAGCUUGUUUAGCUUAUAUGUAGAUCUGGCACUGGAUCUCUCUCAAAAACUGUUCUGAUAGCCUGUCUCCAAUUGAUCAUAAAUCUGAUGCAUACAUAUUUGUUAAAAACCUGAAAUGGAAAUAUGGCUGAUAAAUACGACACAGUGGAAUGGGUCCGUAAGACAAAUUUGCACAGUGUCAUGGUUAUAACCCCCCCCCAUUUUUGUUUUUUGUUUUGUUGGGUUGGGAUCAACACACUUCAUUAUCUUCACCAUCAUAAAAACAAGCAAGCACAGCAAUCAUAUACGGACAGCAUGGUGUGCCACAGACCUUCACAAUUUAUUGUGUCAAAGGACGUUGUCUAAUCCACAGAAGUUCGUAGUCCACUCACAGGCUCCUUCUUGAAUUUUUCGCAUUGCAGAAAUAAUGUCCAAUAAAAACUAUUUUCAGUGAUAUAGUGCUAUAUUUCACCUUACAGUCCUUUGUAGCUUGUAGCUGAGCUGUGUUUGUAGCUGAGCUAGACAAACGUAGAAAUAGAUUAUGUCGAUCACUGUCAAAGUUAGAUGAAAUAAUUGUAUCAUAUAAUAAUUCAUUGGCAAAAGACUUGUGUCACCUACUAAUCAAUAUCCAAGGUAAGUAGCUAACCCAGGGGUCAGCAAACAUUUUCAGCAGGGGUCCAGUCCACUGUCCCUCAGACCUUGUGGGGGGAAUGGACUGUAUUUUAAUAAAAGCACACAUUCUACUCAUGUAAAAACACCAGGCAGGCCCCACAAAUAACCCAGAGAUGCAUUUUAAAUAAAAGGACACAUUCUACUCAUGGACCGUCCGUGGGCUGGAUUGAGAAGGCGAUUGGGCUGAAUCCAGCCCCCGCGCCUUAGUUUGCCUACCCAUCAGCUAACCUGUUCCAAAAAAACAGAUGGCAUCCAAUCCUAUCAUGCAUGAAAAUCUCCUUGUGUUUGACUAAUGGUCUUGUGAAUAUGGAUAUCUGAGGAAUUCAGUCUUUGAAGAUUCCAAUAUGAACUGACCUUAUCACCAGCUCCUGAACUAAUGUGCAGAUCAGAAAGGAGCUGUCCACUGAAUUUUGCAUUCCUGCAAAUGUUGUCUCACAGCCCCUAGCUUGAAAAAUGUCGAAAAAGUAUCUUUUUUAAAAGCAUGUUUUGAGGCGAAAAAUUAAAUUGAAAAAAGAAACAGUUUAAAAAUGUGUAUUUUGAGAGAAUACACUGGGGGGGGGACUGGGUGCAAAUUAAUGUGACGAUGUGAUGUAAACACAUUUGAAAGCGACAUGGACUGAAAAUAGAUUGAUUUGUUCAUCCCUGCAUGUAAGCUAACCCACAAGGAAGAUGUUUUCACUCUGUGACAAUUAGCUAUUCUGGUCAGUAAUAAUUUAUCUGUAAUUUCUCAGCUGAGUUGCCACCUGAAUGAACCAUUACUUCAUUUCUGGUAAGUUAGACCCUCUAUUACAAAUCUUCAGGUUACUAUUCCGUGUUUAUCAAUUUGCUCAAUGCACAAAAAUGAUAAUGUGUGCUGUGUAUCGAAGAGUGCCUAGGCUAUUAGGAAGAGAUGAAAUCCUUUUUAGAAACGCCAACAACUACUGCUUUAAAUUGGAAUGAAUUUCUACAGGGCACGCAUAUAAGUUAAGCUAAAGUUAAUUUAGUUUGGCAGAUAGAAUAUGUAGGAAAAUCAUCUAAAUUUAAGUUUGCAUUAAUGCAGUUCUUCAAACUUUGUGCAUAAAAGUAUGAAUAAGGUAGGAAUUUUAGUAUAGGGCUGUUCCUGUGUUCUUUGGCCAUUGGGGGGAACAGAUGUAUGGACACCACCCACAAAAUCUCCAUCACUGCCAAGUCCAGCACCUGUGUUGAGUGCUAAGAUCCAAUGUGAAGCUUCUUAAGUGCAUUUGGUUCAGUGCACUUAGAAGCCUUCUUUUGUGUCAGAACCCAUAGGCCCCUGACAGAACCAUCAAUGACCAGAGAGAGAUGUUGUGGCAGCUCCUCCCCAACCUUUCCCUGGUUUAAAAAAAGAUCUGUGUGCUCUGAGGGAAGGCGGAACUGAUGGGGCAGCCAUUUCCAGACCAUGAAUGGACCUGAGGGAAAGGAGAAACAAGGGAGCCCAGGCCAGAGAACUUGUGUCAUCAGCUCCUGGUUGGCCUGAUUUUUCUUCUUCUUUCUUUCUGGAAAUAAGUAACAUGGAAAUGAGCACUAAACUCUAGCUAGAUUCCACUAUAUUUGAAGAAGGCUUUACAUUGUGUGAAAGAUCACAUUGCGAGCAAAAAUUAACUGGUGAGCAAACAUCAGGAAGAUGGAAUAAAGCACUGUCUGUGUGCAACCUAACUAUUUUUUAUGAGCUGGAAAAAACAACACAUACUGAUGUUUUCCUAUCAUGGAAAGUCAUUAACAAUAGCUUACCAUGACUGAAAAAUAUACAAGUGCACUACUAACUCACUCCUGUCUCACUCCACUCUUCCUUGAGUCAAGUAUAAGUCAUAAAUCUUAGCUUACUAUGGUAUGGAAGCUAAUACUCAUGGUUUGCUUCUCUCCAGUCAAACCACAAUGCUAAACCAAUGGGUUUUCUUGGUUCACCAAGGGCCAGUUCAUAUGACACAAUAAACCAAAGCCAAUAAAAGGGGUGGAAUGGCAAAACACAAAGGAAGUGAUACAGUGAUGCUGCUACUUCAUGGUAAGCCAUGGUUUAUUUGAUGUGCAAGUAAGGUGUUAAUAAGUGGAUGUGUGCCACAGACUAAAAACAGAUCAAAAAUAAUGAAUGGUGUGGUUUCGAUAAGAUUCUCUUUUGGAAAACGCACAGGUGGUUGCUCUACUUAUGCUGGGUCAGUUUUAGACUAAUCUUCCUCCAUUUUCUUCUCAGUAUAUCUCCCCCCCCCCACACACUUUGUUAUUAUUUACUUAGCGUCCAGUACUGGGAAAUGUGAAACCUCUGGAACAUUUUGCUAUCUAUGGCAUCCCUUGGGCAUUUCUCCUGAGAAGGAAUCUCCAAAUUCACCAAGAAUUUCACUCUGGCAAAAUUUAGGGACUAUCUAGAGAUGUGGAGGCAUCCCUCCAUGGACUUUUAGACAUUAUGCAGUCACGCAUCUCAGGCUUCCCUCAAAAGCCUUGCAUGUUUUAUCAGAGGAAGAGUUUCCAAAUCUGGUUCAGAGUUUGAUCUCUGAGUGACGCCUUUCAUGGUCUCUUCUGCACUGGCAGUGGGCUUAUGCAGGUCAUCUCCUGUCUGCAGUCACCCUUUGUUCCCUCUUGCAAUAAGAUCAGCUUGCCCCACUUGUGCUAUUUCUAGUGUUGGCAACUGUGUUUCACCCCAGAAUUGAACAGCUGUCCUUUAGAGUACUAGGAUAAGCCCCUAAGGGACUAGUAAUGACAUCAGCCAUUUCCUAAAUAGCCGGAACACAGCUCUGUUGGAGGGAAGCAUUAUAGAGAUGAAUAAUCACUAGUGACAAAUCCUCGCAAUAGUAUUUCAACAUCUAAUUAGGGAUGUUGUCACAGCUAGUGGCAGUUCUUCUUUGUAAAGCUUGCAUGAGAAGUAUCUCCUCUCUCUUCAGUACAAGGCACUGUGGCUGACAGACCAGAAGCAGGUGAUGUCUCAGGGGUCAGUGUGCAGCUGCCCAGAACAGUGAAGGAAUGAUUAAACGUCUUCCGUCUCGGUGGGAAGGAUGUUCUCCGACUAAUCCUAGUGAGAUUUUGCCCUGUCAUUCUUUCAUUAUAUAAAAAAAGCAGACUUGUGUACAUGAUAUCUUAUCUCUAAAAUGGAAAGAUCCAAUAUUACAAUGGUAGCUUGCUUGUCUGUUUUUGCAUUUUCAAUAGAGAUUUCAACAUAUCGUUGCCGGGAAAACUUGGGGAGCGAACAAAUGAGCCAAGAGGGAAUAAUCAGUUCCAUCUAUAUUAUCAUUCCUCCCUCACAAUCUGAGCAGCUUACUUAGAGAAUGUCAAACCUUGCCACUAGUGGAGAGCAGGUCUGACCCCUCCCACAAAAAGCUAGAAUGAAGUCAUGUGGAAGGGGCACAUGGGUGCCCCAAUGUGGUGUUGUUGGCAUCCGUCAAUCUUGAGAGACAAUGGAGUGUGCCACCAGGACUGAACUCAAACCACUGGAGAAUCGCAGCAUGUGGUGUGGCUACAGGGACCCAUAACUUGUAACUGCUCGCUCCUUCAUUGUUUCUGCUGUAUCAGCAACACCGAAGUAACCCCUCCAAGGCGCUGGCCUAGGUGUAUGGAGGUCCUGGGCUGACACACAGCCCAUCUUGGCCUCACUGAUGCUGUCGGAAGGAAAGCAAAGCAAUACAUUUGGCACCAGCUUGGCUGCCAGAGUUGCCAGAAGGAGGCAUACAAGGUGCCAUCUGUCAGGAGUCCAGUUCCUGGCUUGAUAACACAGUGAGCGUUGUUAAUUAAAAAAGAUGCUUGUUUUGUCAAAAGAAACAGAUCGCUCCAGAUGGCUUUAAGAUAGCCUCCGCCAUCAUCAAUCAAGAUGACCCUUCUGAGGAUUGCUUCUGGCGUGACCAGCAGCAACUGAACUUUCGCUUCAUUCGUCUUUCGUUUUGCUUCCUAUCUUGCAGCCCUCCCAUUCGUCGAGACCUCAGACUGAGUGGGUCAGCUCCCUGCUCUACCCCAUUCUCUGAGAGGCUGUCUCUUAACUCUUUUCCACCUGUUUGUGUUUCUGGUGAGCUUUGCCCACGUCCAACUUGCUCUCCGCCAUUCCCUUAUCAGCCGGCAUUCCUAGGGGCGGGGGAGUUGGCACUAGCCGAUGAUCAUCCUGCAUGGCAGUUAACCCUCUCUGUUCCUGGCUGCUUUCUUCAGUUGGCAGUAAUCCUUCCCUGGGAGCUGGUUCAUUCAUGACACCAUCCAACCAUCCUAGGGAUUCCACUAUGGAUUUGGGUAGCGUUUACUUCUUCCAGAGAUGUCCCACAAGUUGGCAGGCAUGGAGUUUCCCUCGGGGUUCACUCCCAAAGCCUUUCUCAUGAAUGUGUAGAGCCACAAGGCAGCAGAGAUUUAGAGUCAGAGUUUUCCUUCUCCUAGAGGGGCUACUUUCCCAUCCACUCAGCUGUACAGUGGUACCUCGGGUUACAUACACUUCAGGUUACAUACGCUUCAGGCUACAGACUCCACUAGCCCAGAAAUAGUACCUCGAGUUAAGAACUUUGCUUCAGGAUGAGAACAGAAAUCGUGCUCCAGCAGCGCAGCAGCAGCAGGAGGCUCCAUUAGCUAAAGUGGUGCUUCAGGUUAAGAACAGUUUCAGGUUAAGAACGGACCUCAGGAACGAAUUAAGUACUUAACCCGAGGUACCACUGUACACACAGCGAAUCAGAGGGGGUAAAGUUGGUAUAAACAUCUUUGCCAUCUGCUCCUCCUCAGCUGCAUUUGGCACACCAACCCAGCUGUCCAUGCUAUGGACUGUUUGGGCUUCAGGGGAGUUGCUGCCUGGGAAGUCUGUGUAGAUUUUGCGGGGAGGGGAUCAUGCUGUUUUAAAGCUUAGCACUGGCCUGUUUGAAAGCCCCUUUAAACAUUCUAAACAGUUUUUGGAGAUUAAAGGAGCAGCACUGGGAGGGGGAAACCAUUGCUAAAAUGGAGAUUCCUCCCCUCCAUUUUAAAAGUGGUUUCAGAGGAAACCACUCUCCUCUCCUGGAGUUAGGGACAUUCUCACCACCCAUAAGUUGAUGGGCCAUGAAGGGCAUGUCUUGCUCCAGCAAAAGAACAACCAGGAGCUCACUUAAAGUUCCUGAUUGUUACUUUGAAGCCCUGCCCUUAACUGCUCCAAACACAUCAGGUACGGGGGAGGGGAGGUAUGGCAUGCCCCAAACAGCCUUGCAGACCAAUUGGGGAGGCCAAGUGAUCAAAGUUUGCCUCCCCCCCUCCCUGGACUAGAACGAGCCUUGAGCCAGGCAGGUUUGCCCAAGUUUGGAACCAAAGGUGAACAAGCAUCGGCCACUUCCUAGAACAAGCUGCAGAACUUAUUUCCAGCUGCAGAACUUAUUUCAAGCUGCAGAACUUAUUUCCAGCUGCAGAACUUAUUUCAAGCUGCAGAACUUAUUUCCAGCUGCAGAACUUAUUUCCUGCUGCAGAACUUUAGGUAAGAUAGCAGAACUUUGCUGCAGAACUUUAGGUAAGAUACCUUGACCCUUUUACCCAACUUAUUUUCCUUACGUCUUCAUUCUGGUGGUGGUGAAUUGAAAAGACAUUUAACAGUGCUGAAGGCAUAGAUGUUUCAAGAACAGAUGUUUCAAGAACCUUGCUAGAUAAAAGGGACAGAAGUUUCUCAUUUUGGCUCUGGAGCAAAGUGUGCUUAUUGAAAGCCCCAAAUCUGGUCAUAAAAUCGGUCUGCAUCUAUAUUCUGAGUUUAAAAAGAAGGGUGCCAAAUGCUUUUUGAUAUUCUUGUUUGGGCUUAAAGGCCUCAUGUGGAGAGAUGUCGCAAUUCCUGACAAAUGCAAUUGUACUUUUUACCACAAGUUGAAAAAAAUAACAACCCAUAUUUCUCAGAGACAAUAUGUAUGUAGACACAUGCAGAGCCAUGAUGGGAACCUUUAAUUUCAUAUAUUUAUACAUUUGAACUUCAACUUGUUCUUCAGGUUCUUCUGGAAAAUAGACUUGGGCCUAAUCCUCUGUUUUUAACAGCAGGAAGUGCUAAUUGUUGUGGGUUAAAAUGCAGCUCUAGAAGCUACUUCUUAGUGACCCUCACUUGGUUCAUGAGAAUAUUGCAAAAAUAAUAAUAGAUAUCCAUAAAUUCCCAUAAUACCCCACAAAAGCAGUCCGUAGCAGAAGCACAUUCGGCAACAGAGUACUGAAGUAAAGUCUUCAUAAUGCACUGCGGCCUGACAAGAAGGGGUUUAUAGAACUAAGACUUCAGGGUGAAAAGUCUUUCCCACUUCCUUUGCUAGUUUUUAACUUGCAGAAUGUCCUUAAAGGUGAACUUAGAUCCUUGCCUACAGUUUAAAAAUUCAGCCAUAUGAUCAGCCGUGAAGGGGGGGAAAUGUUUCUGUUCAUGGACCACUGCAUCUUCACGGAACUCAAAACUUUCACUGACUGAGCCUUUAUCCAGAGUUUGUUUAUAUUGUUUCCAUCCCUGUCAUUCACAUAUCAAACCACAAAUAGAGCAUAGACUGCAUGCAAUGGGAACAUUUCAAAGUUUUAUAUUCUUUAAGGGGGGAGAGACAGGAUGAAGAAAGAAGGCAAGCUUUUUAAAUUUUAUUUUCAAACAUGCAUGCUGGCUGUUUUUCUCCUAAUAGCUUGUUACGAACUAUUAAGAUAAAGCUAUUAUGGGUGGAAUUGUGCGAAGGUAACUGCUUGCCAGAUAGAACGGCCACUCAUUUCCUCCCUCUGCUCUGUUUAAGGGUUGUCCCAAGAAGAUUUGGGGAAGGUAUGAAGGUAACAUAGGGAGACCACUGGCUCCCACAAGCACAAUUUGGUUGAAUCAAGCAUUAAAAAUAAAAAUAAUGAAUGUUGUUAGGUGAAUGCAUCACCAAUAUUCCUGUAUGGUUUUUGGAAAAGGGCUAAAAUGUUGAUUUCUCUUUCUUCAAUAUAUUUCAAGUAUUUAAGUUAUAUACAACAUUCUUCCAGGAUUUGGACAUGGGGCAAAUAAGCAAAUUCUAUUCCUGUUUCCAUUUUUCUUCUGAGUUUGCUGAAACCCUACUUGCAGUUGCUGAGCCUUCCAUCAAUAGAAGCCAACUACUAUUAAAGACCAGGACUUGCCAAUCAGAAGGUCGGCGGUUCGAAUCCCCGCGAUGGGGUGAGCUCCCGUUGCUCGGUCCCUGCUCUGCCAACCUAGCAGUUCGAAAGCACGUCAAAUGCAAGUAGAUAAAUAGGUACCACUCCGGCGGGAAGGUAAACGGCGUUUCCGUGCACUGCUCUGGUUUGCCAGAAGCGGCUAAGUCAUGCUGGCCACAUGUCCCAGAAGCUGUACGCUGGCUCCCUCGGCCAAUAAAGUGAGAUGAGCACCGCAACCCCAGAGUCGGCCAUGACUGGACCUAAUGGUCAGGGGUCCCUUUACCUUUACCUUACUAUUAAAGACCAACUAAGCAAGGAACACUUGACACCUGAACACCCCUCAUUGGCACUAGUUAUGAAGCCUGAAUAUCUUAGUGAAGUCAGCUCCAUUUAGACUGAAAGGCACCUAAAUCAGAAGAAGAAAAUCAUGUGGUAGGGUUGUGUGUGUGUGGCCAUUAAUUGAUCUAGAAGUGAGGUUGAGAAAGCUUAAUGUAGCUUGAAGUUUUAAUGCUCGGGUAGAUCCUUGCUGUCCACAAAUAUUGUCCUACCAAAUCCUGAGAGAUCCACCUGGGCUGUUUUUUCUCCCAGCGGUCAUGCAAUGUGAAAGAAAUACAAGAAUGUCUGAUUCUAUGGGAUAA